ACGAAAUGAACACCACAAGUAUAUGGUAUUUUACGCGCAACUCUUUGUAUGUAUUGAUUAUCCGUGUGUGCCAAAGCCAAAAAGGCUCUUUGUUUUCUUCUCCACACACAUUAAAAAGGACCGAAUUGUGGAUUAUUAUGCAUCAAUGUCUCGUUAUCUCAGCUCUUCCCGUCGGAAUCCCAUCGUUUUACGGCAAACAAAGUCAAUAUUCCCUCGGCCUUAUAAGUUUCCGGCUUAGUGGCACCUCUACUUUCUCUUCACUUUUCGCCUCAAAAAUUUAAGAUAAAGAAUUGUGCCAAUGGGGCAUUUAUCGUCGAUGUUCAAUGGAUUAGCAAGGACCCUUUCGACCAAGAAAAUGAAGAGCUUGAAGAACAAUUGUGGAAAUUCUGAUGCUAAAGAGACUGUUGAAUCUAUGAUAAAAAAUGCAAAAAAGAAUGACCUGAUACUAAGAUCGUCAGGCAUUAUCAACGUCAUCGGGUCGAAAAAUUUUGCUUCUGUUUUCUCAAAGAGAGGGCAGAAAGGUGUGAAUCAAGAUUGCUGCAUCGUUUGGGAGGAUUUUGGAUGCCAAGAAGAGAUGAUAUUCUGCGGGAUAUUUGAUGGACACGGUCCGUGGGGACAUUUUGUGGCGAAGAGAGUUAGAGAGUCGUUGCCAUCGUCUCUUCUUUGUAACUGGCAAGAAACGCUUGUUGAAGCUUCACUUGAUCCAGAUUUCGAUAUGGAAUCAGAUAAAAAGCUUCAUAAAUUCAAUAUAUGGAAGCAUUCCUACUUGAAGACGUGUGCUGCUGUAGAUCAGGAUUUGGAACACCACCGGAAAAUUGAUUCAUUCUACAGCGGAACCACUGCUUUGACAAUUGUUAAGCAGGGUGAGCUUAUUUUCAUAGCAAAUGUUGGUGACUCUCGUGCUGUAUUGGCCACCACUUCUGAUGGUGGAAACUUGGUACCGGUUCAGCUUACUGUCGACUUCAAGCCUAAUCUGCCUCAGGAGGCUGAGCGGAUAACUCAGUGCAAUGGCCGGGUAUUCUGUCUGGAUGAUGAGCCCGGGGUUCAUAGAGUGUGGUUGCCAGACGAAGAAUCUCCUGGACUAGCAAUGUCUAGAGCGUUUGGGGACUAUUGUGUUAAGAAUUUUGGACUUAUUUCCGUCCCUGAAGUGACACAGAGACAUAUAACGAGUAAAGAUCAGUUUGUCGUGCUGGCAACAGAUGGGGUGUGGGACGUUGUAUCGAACCAAGAAGCCCUACAAAUAGUAUCGACAACUCCGGACAGGGGAAAAUCGGCUAAGCAUCUGGUAGAGUGUGCUGUCCGUGCAUGGAAGAAAAAGAGAAGGGGAAUAGCUAUAGAUGAUAUAUCAGCCAUUGUACUCUUCUUUCAUUCUUCUCCCUCGUGUGAACAAAGUAACUCUGUAUCUACACCAAAAUAAUUCUAUCAAAAAGUUAAAAUAAUUGCUGACUCGACUUUUCUUC